ACUGUCCCGGCUCCCCUCGAUGGUUCACCGCAGCCUGGAGGAGGGACAAACCUUCCACCGCUGUCCGGAAAUCAGCGCCCAGGAGCCGCACACGCUCUGACAGCAGUAAGCUUUUUCUGCGCGUCUGCAACUUUCACAUUAAAGAAAAUACAACAUCCCGGGAAACUCCGGGGAAACACAGCGGAGCGUCCCCUCAUCUCUCCCCGCCGACCACUGCCUCUGUUCGGCCACGGACAGCACGCCGGACCGCCGAUCUGACUUGGACUUAACUGGACCAUCUUUAUUCUGAUGAAACUUUUACUCACUGCCUGGUUUACACUGUAAACUAAUCCAAAGUGUGUGCUCGCGGCUUGAGUGCUUUCAUUUGGUGCGGGUUUUGCGCUUGGCGUGCGUAAAAUCCGCGCUAAAACAACCAUCCGCGACCGAGACAGCGGAGCAGAGCAGGGCUGAAGCGGAGGUUCAACCAGUCUGAACAGCCGGCGGGCAGCCAUGCUGAAGCCGGGAGACCUGAGCGGCUCGGCCUUCUUGAAGGUGGACCCGUCCUACCUGCAGCACUGGCAGCAGCUCUUCCCUCAGGCGCAGCUGAAGGCUCCUCUGGCCCCGCCACCGCCUCCACCUGACCGCCUCUCCAUCCCCAUAGACAGCCUACGCCCAUCCCGCUUGCACAGCCACCUCCUGGCCUCCACACACUGCACCUCCUCUUCUUCUUCUUCUUCUACAUCCUCCUCCUCAGCUUCCUCUUCAGCAGUGGCGACAGCAUCAGCUCUCACUCCGUCCUCCAUCUCCAUCUCCACCUCAGCAGGGAUCUCCCAGCUGCCUGUCCCCCAGCAGAUCGCACUCUUCGGGCAGGCGUUGGCCCCGGUAUGUACCGGGCCUGGAGGACCUGGAGGAGGAGGAGGACCAGGAGGGGGGGGGGGAGGAGACCUGAUGGUGGUAGUCCCUCCGGAGAACCAGCACGGUCACAACCCAGCAGCGGGGCUUCUCCAUCAGGCCAAAGAGCAGAGCUGUGGCGGGGUCGGCGUGGUGUCGUCCAGCGUGAAGAGCAGCGGCAGCGGAGGAGGAGGAGAGGAGGGAGGCAAAGGAGCGACGGGGAGGUUCAAGCUGACGUCGGAGGAGCUGGACUACUACCUGUACGGACAGCAAAGGAUGGAGAUCAUCCCACUGAGCAACCACACAGGAGAGGUCAACAACCGUUGUGACAUGUGUGCAGACAACAGGAACGGUGAGUGUCCGAUGCACGGACCUCUUCACUCUCUGCGUCGACUCGUCGGCACCAGCAGCACGGCGGCUCCCGUCACCUUGCCGGACGUCCCUGAUUGGCUCAGAGACCUGCCCAGAGAGGUGUGUCUGUGCACCAGUACAGUUCCUGGUCUGGGUUAUGGGAUCUGUGCGGCUCAGAGGAUCCCUCAGGGAACCUGGAUCGGUCCAUUUCAGGGAGUCCCUCUGCUUGUGGACAAACUGCAGUCGGGAGCGGUCAGAAACACCAGACACCUGUGGGAGAUCUAUGACGCAGAGGGGACGUUACAGCACUUUAUUGAUGGUAAUGAUCCCAGUAAGUCGAGCUGGAUGAGGUAUAUCCGCUGUGCCAGACACUGUGGGGAGCAGAACAUGAUGGUUGUACAGUACAGGUCCUGCAUCUUCUACAGAGCGUGUAUGGAUAUCCCCAGAGGAACAGAGCUGCUGGUUUGGUACAAUGACUCCUACACUUCCUUCUUUGGCAUCCCGCUGCAGUGCAUCGCUCAGGACGAAAACUUAAAUGUCCCAGCCACGGUGGUGGAAGCCAUGACCAGGCAGGAGUCCCUCCAGUCCUUCAGCAAGAACGGCAAACCCCCCUCCUCCUCGUCUUCCUCCUCAUCCCCCCCUUCCACCGCCCUCAUGCGCUCCAUGGUCUUCCCCCACUCCCCCUGCCCGAGGAAUUUCUCGCUGUUGGACAAGGUUGGGGUCGGGGUUCAGUCAGAGUCCAGUUUCAGCCAGUUGGGGUCGAAGAACCAGCGAAUCCUGGCGAGCCCAACCUCCACCAGCCAGCUGAGCAGUGAUUUCAGCGACUGGCACCUGUGGAAGUGUGGCCAGUGUUUCAAGACCUUCACUCAGAGGAUCUUGCUGCAGAUGCAUGUCUGUCCGCAGAAUCCUGACAGACCAUACCAGUGUGGCCACUGCUCCCAGUCUUUCUCUCAGCCAUCAGAUUUGAGGAACCACGUGGUGACGCACUCAAGCGACCGACCAUUCAAAUGCGGAUACUGCGGUCGUGCGUUCGCUGGUGCCACAACACUCAACAACCACAUCCGCACGCACACAGGGGAGAAGCCGUUCAAGUGCGAGCGUUGCGACCGCAGCUUCACACAGGCCACUCAGCUCAGCCGCCAUCAGCGACUUCCCAACGAGUGUAAACCGGUGAACGAGAGCAGCGAGUCCAUCGAGGUGGAUUAACCUCUGACUGUUUUCUGACUGAGACCACGUCCACAUUAAGGCGGCUGCAUUUGAAAAACGCGUCUUUUUUUCUCUCCGUCCAUCCUCACUGAGCUGAUAUUCUUCUCAACCAAAAAUUAAGAUUUUUUGAUAAAAAAUCCCAAGCAGAUGAAUCUGAAACUGCUGGCUUCAUGUUUUAUUAAGAAUUUGUAUCAAAAGCAACAUUAGUGGUGCAUAAGCGCUACUGAAGCCGACUCAGACCUUCACUGUCCCCAGAGGCAAAGCUCCUGAGGAAGACACACCAUCUGCACCAGGCUGAUAUCAGAAAUCUAAUGGACAAAAAUAGUCGACUCCAUGACGAGUAUACACAAAGAAAACGGCACCAUAUUUAUGUAUUGAUUUUAUUUCCCCGCUCUCUACAGUGAAACCAGAAAGCUCACAGUGAAACUGGGGGCCUCGAUCGAUAAUUAUAGAUAUAGUUAAUGAGUUAACAACAUAUGGACAUAUGGAGGUUUGCGUGAUUUAAACAGCUGCCUGUGGAUAUUAACUUCACUAAGCAUGCCAAAGGGGCAGAAAUACUACUGCGUGGGGUCCCGUAGUAACACAAGUUAUUGUGGAUUGUUACAUUUGAUGAAAUGUAAUCUAAUCUUUGAGAGCAGCGAGUGCCAACCAUGAAAAAACGCUUCAGAAAUUGCUUAGGGUUGCACAUUACACUUAUUUAGCCUUUAGUGUGAGCCUUUGGAAAACUACAAUAUAAGUCUGUUAAGUUAUUGCCAUGUGAUGUCCACUUUGUGAUGGCUCCUUUUAAAUGUCAGUACAGCCCAUCCAGAGGUACAGGAGUUGUUAUUAAGCUGUUUUCAUACCGAUUUUGUCAGAUGACUUGAUGAUCAGGAGAUACCGAUUUAAUGGUCUCAGUAGCAGGUAAACAGGUAGCAUUUAUGAGCCAGAUUCAAGUCAGUAUUUCGUACUUGUUCAGUUGUCUGACAGCAACAACACAUUGUAGGUGAUGAUGGAGAGUAGUCGGCACGUUAGCUGUGAUCAGCAGUUCUGCUGUUGGCUGACUAAAGAGGAAGACAGAGAAGAGACUUUACGGUUUUCCUGUUGUUCUGGCAUUUCAGUGUGGACGCAGAUCUUUAGGAAAACAACCUAAAAAAUGGCCGUCGUUCUUUAAGAGUGUUUUCAGAUGUAGCUGGCUUAUUGUGAACACAGACUGUUUACAGUUUUAACUUGACCGACUGACUGACUUCUGGAGAGGAGAGACAUUGAAGCCACAUUCAUCCUACUGAAGAGAAUCCUGAUUCAACCAAACCAAAGAUCCAUUUUUUUUUU